AUGGAGGGCGAGCAGAGCAAAAACGAGAAGAAGAGAGCGAGAAAAGGCAGAGGAGACGGACCGCCCUCGAUAGAGACGGGCAUCGUGAGCGAGUACGACGAGACUCCGGACUCGGCAAAACGCUCACGUCUCGCCAAGGAGUUGAGAUCCAGGGCUGAAGGAGCUUCCGCUUCUGUGCGGUCGUCCUCUUCUCGUCUGCAGCAGGACUUGUUGGCAGAUGAGACAGAUCCCUCCGCGCAGGUCGCAGCCAAUGAGACGCUCGGCGCCGGCGCUCGGGAGGCAGCGCGUGUGACUCGUGCCGACGAAGCAGACGAUGAAGAAGAAGAGGAAGGGGAUCACUGGGGCGACGCGCCCCAGUCUUCGUGGACCCUCGGGAAGCUGAUGUCGAAGCGCGAGUACGCGCGACUUCUCUCUCUCCUUCGCGUGGAGGCUGUCCACGCCGCCCUCGAGGGCUCCGAGAACGAAGAGCCAAUUCCACUGUCGCUCUUUGCACCGGCGGAAUCGGCGUCAGCCUCCUCGGCGCAGCUCCGGCGCCCUCCUACAGUCCAGGAGUGGGCUGCGGCAGCCACAGGCGGCGACGUGAAGCUUUUGGGCGAGAAGCUGCGUGAGUCGCGCGAGCUUCUCGACGUGUGUCUGCGGCGCCUGCAUCCGCUGGCGACUGUGGCUGUUCGGCGCUUCCGCGGGGCGAACCUCUUCGCAGCGCAGCAGCGGAAGCUGUACCAGGAGCAAGGCGACUACGACGCGAUUCGCGCGCUGAUGGAGAAGCGAAACGAAGAGGAAAUGGAGUUGCUUCUCGUCGCGCUUCAGGGCAUUCGCCAGGGGCUCAGGCGCCACGCGCGGACUGCCAUGAGGAGGCGCGUUCGCCUUCGCAAGGCCGCCCACGCCGCGACGCUCCACGCAGAAGAGGACGAGGCCGACGCGGAGGAAGGUAACGACGAUGAAGCGGAGAGGGAGCUUGACGAGACUGAAGAGGACCGGCUUUUUGCGCAGACAGAAGACAAAGGAACGAAACACACCCUGCGCGGCAAGGCUGCGCCUGACAUCGCCGAGCCCCGGCGUGGAGCGGAUGAGCGGAAAGCGAAGACGCAACGCGCAGAGACCUCGUCUGUGGCGCCUUCGCCGAGGAAGACAGGAGAGAGCGACUUGAUAUCUCCCUCGCUCCCUGAACUGCCGCCGCCGCCAAGCGUCGCCUACUGGCUGUGGAUGCGGACAGCCAUGGUAGACUGGGAGCAGCAGAAGCGGCAAGUCACGCAGUUCCCCUGGCGCUGGUGGAAGGAGGCGGCAAGAGGCCGCAAGGCGGCUCACGGCUUAUAUGCGGAGCUUGGGCGAGAGCCCACCGAAGCCGAGGUAGCCGAUCGCCUCGGCCUCUCCCUCGAAAAAUGGCGAGACAUCAGCGUCGCCACCAGGGCGGCCACGGCGCUAGAGACCGAACUCGGGGGGCCCCACGGAAACCAAGACCCGAAUGACCGCCAAGAUACCGUCGGCGAUUUGUUGGCGAGCGAGGACUCUCUGGAGAGCGAGACCAAGAUUUUCGAGGCGGAACUCGAGACGCAAGUCCUCGAUUUGGCAGCCAAGGCUCUGCGCCCGGAUGAGUAUCGCAUGAUCAAAGCGCUCAUCUCAGACCACCAGUCUUCCGCGUCUCCCUUCUCCCCUGGCGGGGGCUCGCCGGCUGCCUCGCUGUCCGUCUCUUCUUCGUCCUCCUCUGCGGACGCGGCCGAGAACGAGCGCGAGGCGUCGCGGGCGCAGACGCUGCACUUCAUGAUGGGCGACUGCGUCGAUGAGAAGCUGAGGAAGGCAAUUCAAAAGAUGAAAGAAGUGGAGGUCAAGCGGAUCUUGGAGAGCCUCAGUCCGGAAGAACGGCGCGAGGGACUCGCCAGCCCCGGGGCCCUCGAGAAGGUCGUGCAGAGAAAAAGCACGGUGCUGCAGCUGUGUCUGGCUGCCAGCACAAAGCAGGGCUUUGAGUGA